AAAUUUUCAAAGAAGGGAUAAUUUUUUAGCUCACCUUGCAAAACACGAUAACAAUAAAACUAAAAUAAAAUGCGGUAGCUGCGAAAAGGUUUUUGCAAAUAACAGUAACAGAAAACGACACGAAGAAAACUGCAUCCAAAAGAUGCCUGAGAAAUGCAAGAUUUGUAAAAAAGUAUGCACGAGCAGGAGAAUGAGAAAACAACAUGAGUUAGAUGUGCACAGCAAAAGAAGGGAUUACAUUUGUACAUGCCAUGCAAAAUUCAAACAAAGAAGAAAUCUUCUUGCGCAUUGUAAAAAAAGAGGACAAGCAUGUAGGCCUAUAGACCAGGAAAACGACAAGUGACUUCAACAUGUAGACUAUCACUAAAGGGCAUGUUAUUGUAUAUGUUUCUCAUUUUAGUGUUCCUGUUUUAUU